UUGCCAUGGCAGCGCCGCUCUGGAGGCAGCGAGGGGCGGCGCCAGGGGCUGACUGCAGCAGCGCCGCUUUACCGCAGAGGACCGGGAACGCUCGCUGCUCGGCCGCUGCGGGUCUGACAUCCACCAAAAUGAGCGGCCUGGAUGGGGGCACCAAGCUCCCCGUCGCCCAAGCCACGGCUCCCGGCGAUGUGCCGGCAGAUCCGAAUCUAAACCGGUGCCAGGGCGUCGGCGAGGCGGCGCCGGUGAUGGCGGACUCAGGUGAGCGCGGUCCGGAGGAGGCCGCUGCGGAGGGCGGCGCGCCCCGGGAUCCCGUGGGGGACCACGGCCCCGCGCUCCCGGCUACCGCCGGCGAUCACGGCGCCGCCGUCCCGAGAGAGGGGCCGGGGGAUGCCGAGCCCCCAUCCCCGGGCCCGGGCGCGGCCGCCUCGGGCACUGCGGCUGCGGAGAAAGAUGACCCCAGCCCGAAAGAUGGCGAGCCGCGCAGCCCCGCCGGGCGCAAGGCUCUGGAAGCCUGCGGCGCCGCGGGGUCGGGGGCCCCGAGGAUCCCUGGAGCCAAGGCCAAGGAGACCACGACCAAGAAGGGCGCCAUGUCGGCCGCGGCGGCCGCGGAGGGCGAGGCGGCGGCGGCGGCGGCGGCGGCCGAGGAGAAGAAGGCGGCGCCCAAGGAGAAGAAGGCGGCGGCGGGCGGGAAGGAGGAGCCGCGGGCCCGGGCCCCGAAGAUCAACACCUGCAUGGACUCGCUCGAGGCCAUCGAUCAGGAGCUGUCGAACGUCAACGCCCAGGCCGACCGGGCCUUUCUGCAGCUGGAGCGCAAAUUCGGGCGGAUGCGGAGGCUCCACAUGCAGCGCCGGAGCUUCAUCAUCCAGAACAUCCCGGGGUUCUGGGUCACCGCGUUUCGGAACCACCCUCAGCUGUCGCCCAUGAUCAGCGGCCAGGACGAAGACAUGAUGAGGUACAUGAUCAACCUGGAGGUGGAGGAGCUCAAACACCCCCGAGCCGGCUGCAAAUUCAAGUUCAUCUUCCAGAGCAACCCCUACUUCCGAAACGAGGGGCUGGUCAAGGAGUACGAGCGCCGAUCCUCGGGCCGCGUGGUGUCCCUGUCCACGCCCAUCCGCUGGCACCGGGGCCAGGACCCCCAGGCUCACAUCCACAGAAACCGGGAGGGCAACACCAUCCCCAGCUUCUUCAACUGGUUCUCAGACCACAGCCUCCUGGAGUUCGACAGGAUCGCCGAGAUCAUCAAAGGCGAACUCUGGUCCAACCCCCUGCAAUACUACCUGAUGGGUGAAGGGCCCCGAAGAGGCUUUCGAGGCGCCCCGAGGCAGCCCGUGGAGAGCCCCAGAUCCUUCAGGUUCCAGUCUGGCUAAAAUGAGCCUCGCCCUCCCGACAAGCUCCCGCUCACGUUUCUUCACCACUCUCCCGUGCUUGGCCGGCAGCAUGCACCCUUCAGUCUGCGUUCUCUCCUACUGAGUUAAUGUGGUCCUGUGGUUCCAGGUCUCCAGCCGUUGAUGCUGAGACGGUCGGACUGUCGAUGAUCAGUGUACAGACGCCUGUGCUCUUCUUCCUCUGCACUUUUUCCUGCUGUUCCGCAUCACAGCUAGCGCGUUCCGAGUGCUUGGCCUCUCCUGCUUUUAUUGCCAAGCUCCGGAUGGUUCGGACUGCUCUCCUUUGCAUGGCUUGGACCCCUCCCCCCCCUGUCUGUGACGGUGGUCUGCUCCCCGUUUGUCGACGUGGUUCUCUGCCACGAGGAAGCGCGACCCAUCUUUAUGAAUAACCAGCCUGGCUUCAUGUGCUAUGGCCGGCUCUGCUCCUGAUGUCCUGGCAACGACGACAAGCUCUUUGAGUCUCACCACUGCAAGAUGAAACUGACAUGCCAACCCAGCCAUCAACCCCAACUGCACAGUCCAGGCAGCCACUAAGUUGGGUCCAGCUGCUUUGCUGGCUGUUUCUAUCUAUCCUGCUUGUUAAUCUGGUAGGACAAGCAGGAGGCUGGUGGG